CUCUUGUCAAUAGAAACCUUGCUAAUAGAAUACUACACCUCCAGAAAUGGUUGAGACGUCAUUGUGACACUCGCUAAAGGUAGCGUCCCACACUCAUGGUUAGAUACAUUACAACGAGUUAAAGAAUGUUCUUGAAAAGCGUAUGAGGCGACGCCUGUGAAUACCUACCCUGAUCAAGACUAUCGAAAGAUCUAGGCUCAUCGCCAUACGUGGCGCUACUUUUGUGAAUGAGUAAUUGGACUUCACUUUGAAAAGAGUGGUUUGGAACAAGUGGUCUUCACUUGGACACUAAAGUUUCCAAGAUGUCGAGGAUUACUUUUCGGCGCUUUGUCCUCGUCACGGCGUUGGUGAUUUUGAUGACGUUCAUAUGGACAUAUAGGAAAAAUAUGAAACUGGAUUUAGAUGAUUCUCCAAGGAACGCAGCAGUGAUUGGUAAUCCAGUGCCAGCAGGCCAGCCCAUGCCCACGCUGCAGGUGCUGAAGACGUUGGACAGACGACAGCUGUCACAGAUAUACCACAACUAUGUGAACAGCGUUCAGAUGUCGUGUAAGAACAUGGUCAGGCGUGGCAACAUCGGUGACGGUGGCUGGAACGUUUGUGAAGACCCUCCAUACGGAAUGAAGACACCCUGUAAUAUUUAUUCAUUUGGGAUCAACUACGACUGGAGCUUCGACGACGCAGUAGCGACAGCAUCCGGCUGCCAUGUCCACUCGUAUGAUCCAAGCAUGACAAAAGUAUCAGACCACGACAGGAGAAGUAACAUUCAUUUCCAUAGAACAGGCCUUAAUUCUACCGACACCUCAAACAUCAAGGGUUGGCGAAUGCGAACUUUUUCAUCAAUUAUAAAGGAAAAUAACCACACACAGGCUAUAAUCGAUCUGCUCAAGAUUGACAUUGAAGCUUCGGAGUGGUUUGCCUUUCCUGAAAUGUUACAAAGUGGAAGUCUGAAAAAUGUGAAACAGUUUUGUUUUGAACUCCAUAUCAAGCUGGGAAAUAACCCAGAGCCGGACAUAGCCAAGUACCUGAAAGGUCUGGAGCUGCUGAGAGACUUCUAUAAUGCUGGAUUUAGGAUAUUCCAUACAAAUAAAAAUAUGGAUGCCAAAUACAAGUCAAUGUUUGGCAUGGAACGAACAGGUUGCCAUGAGAUUUACAUGGUACGCAGUGACACACUGCAUUUGUCACUCUCUGCCCUCAUCAUAUGUAACCAGCAGGCUAUUCUCAAUUACUCAUUUGAUAAUUUUGUGCCGAAAGAAACAACAUUUUAUUGUGUUACGUGUGACGUCACCAACUCGAACUGUGACCUAAUCCUGUCUAUAUACCAUGCCUCUCAUGCUGCCCAUGCACGAGCUUUGUGUCUACUUGGGGACGACACGCUUCCCGUGCGAGUCGUCAUCCAGCGACUGUUGUGCUCUAAUGAUGUUGAGACAAACCCGGGACCCGUCACACUUGAACAAGUUCAAGAUAACUUACUCAGCGCAAUUGAAAACAUGAAAGCAGAAUUAGCUACCGCCAAAAAUGACCUAAGUUCACAGAUCUCCUCUCUACGGAAAGACAUUAGUGCUAUUAGUUCCAAGUGUGAACACCUCGAACACUCUGUAACAGAUAUUCGUGGAGAAAUAGAUAUCAUCAAACAAAAUCAUGAUAUUGUGAACGACGACAUUGAUGCCCUCGCGGAGAAAGUCGAUUCUGUGAUCGAAAACAUGUCCAACGUAGAUACCGAACUAGACCGGCUGGAAUCUUACAGCAGACGUGACAAUAUCAUAAUUCAUGGUAUACCCGAGGCUGACGGCGAGGAGAAGUCUAUGACAUGUAAGCAGACAUCGUUAUCCACUCUUAACGAGCAUGCUACUUUCAAGACGUGGGGAACGUCUGACGUUAUCCGCGCACAUAGGCUUGGCGUUAGGCGGGUUAAUGCUACCAGACCUCGACCAAUGAUUGUAAAGCUGCACAUGUCUGACGAUAAGGUGCGCUCCCUGAAAGCAAGACCGGCAUUCAAGGCAGCGGGACUUGGUAUCUCCAGUGACCUAACGUCACGUCAACGUCAGCAACUUCAGGCUUUGAAGGGGACAAACAUGUUCGGCUAUUUCAAGAAUGGCCAGCUGGUGACAGUACCUCGCUCAGCCAGUGGAGCUACUGGAUCCACCAACGACCAGAUGGGGGUGAUGGUCUGGAGGGCUCUAUCUUCUAGGUCUGUCAUACAGGUCUCUGUGAUGAUGGGUGAAAAGGGUGAUCCCAUGGGGAGUCUGUGGAAUCCCGUGACAGCAGGACAACCCAUGCCCACGCUGCAGGUGCUGAAGACGUUGGACAGACGACAGCUGUCACAGAUAUACCACAACUAUGUGAACAGCGUACAGAUUUCGUGUAAAAAGGUGGUCAGGCGAGGCAAUGCGUUUGACGGCGGUUGGAACGUUUGUGAAGACCUUCCCUACGGAAUGAAGACACCCUGCAAUAUAUACUCAUUUGGGAUCAACUACGACUGGAGCUUCGACGACGAUGUAGCUACAGCAUAUGGCUGCCAUGUCCACUCGUAUGAUCCAAGCAUGACCAGAGUAUCAGACCACGACAGGAGAAGUAACAUUCAUUUCCAUAAGACAGGCCUUAAUUCUACCGACAGUACAAACAACAAGGGUUGGAGAAUGCGAACCUUCUCGUCCAUUUUAAAGGAAAAUAAUCACACACAGGCUAUAAUCGAUCUGCUCAAGAUUGAUAUUGAAGCUUCGGAGUGGUUUGCCUUUCCUGAAAUGUUACAAAGCGGAAGUUUGAAAAAUGUGAAACAGUUUUGUUUUGAAAUUCAUAUCAAGAUGCCACUUAACCCAGAGCCGGAUAUAGACAAGUACCUAAGAGGUCUGGAGCUGCUGAGAGACUUCUAUAAUGCUGGAUUUAGGAUAUUCCAUACAAAUAAAAAUAUGAUUCCUGCAUACAAGUCAAUGUUUGGCAUGGAGCGAACAGGUUGCCAUGAAAUUUACAUGGUACGCAGUGACACACGGACAUUUGGCUAACAUGGCAUUUCUGUUUAAACCAACGUCUUGUAAACCUCUCCUCAGCAGCUUGAGAAAUAAAUUCACAGAUUAC